AAAAACCCAUCAAUCUGCAGGAACGAGAGCAGCAGGAGAGCAUCCUAGGAAAAAAAGUUAGGACCAACUGACCGAGCAAAAAAGUUUCGACAAGAGUGGUGUGAGUGUUGAAGAGCUCCUCAACAUGAUGGAUCCGGCCUUGCUUGACGACGUCAUACGCCGGCUGCUGGAGGUGAAGAAUAUCAAGCCUGGGAAGAACGCGCAGUUGUCGGAGUCGGAGAUUAAGCAGCUAUGCGCUGCCGCCAAGGAGAUCUUCCUGCACCAGCCCAACCUGCUGGAGCUCGAGGCGCCCAUCAAAAUCUGCGGUGAUGUCCAUGGCCAGUACUCUGAUCUCCUGAGGCUAUUCGAUUCUGGAACACCUAUCAAUUGA